AUGGAUCACGAAGAACAUGACCCACUUCCAUGUUCCGAAGGUGGGACAUCCCCCCCUGUGUCUCUCUCACCUCGCCGCGAGAUGCAGUCGGGCUCCUCACUGUUUCAAAUGAACUCACCGCUUACGACUGGUGCGGUGCCUGUUCGGCUGACGGCAGCUGCGUUGGACUCAUCCCCGCCUUACCUUGGAAUUCCAGGAUCCAAACAAGGGUGUGCCUCUUCAGUUACAGGGGCUGCUCGUGACGCAAGUAUGUGCGCGACCGAUGGGGGUGACUGUGAAGUUGACAGCAGUGUGGGGGGUGCGUGUUGUUCAACUCACGGGUUUCAAGAACACAGAAGUAACCGCUUUUCCGGAGACGACUGCGAUCCUUUUCUUGGAUCCUCUGAAGGUGACAGGUUCGGGGAAGCUGGAGACAAUCCAAAAGGCGACGAGGGGCACGGUCAAGAUGUCGCUGCUGAGAUCGGCCUACGUGGUACGGCCCAGUGGCCUCUCGAAGGGGAAAGGCAGGGGAAAGGGAGGAAAACGCGAGACGAAAGAACGAAAGCGGAGUUCGGAGAGUGUGACCUUUCUGCCGAUAGAUUCAAGCCCACACUGGUAAGCAUUUCCGCUGCAGAUCGCGAUCGCCUUCUUCUUGAUACUGGAGUGACUUUGGAAGAAGCAGAAGAGCGAUGGUGGAAAGGCUUGUUCCAAGACCAAGAAAAUAUAAUGCAGCUAGCCAAAAGUGGCGUAUAUACACUUGCGGACUGGAUCCAAGAUGCGGCAGUAGAUGCAGGAGAAAAGCCAUUUCUGUUUUCUGCAGAGACCAACAUAUCUCUCUCAUACCGUCACGUAAAUGAGCGGAGUAACGCGGUUGCGGUCUGGGCCCACAAAGACCGUCGAGGAGCCGGGACGUUAGAGGUGCUGUUACGAGAAGGUACCAGGAAUCUUAUCCCCGAUGACGAAGUGAUGCAGAUACCUAUCACCGUCCCCGGUAGAAAGCCGCGCGCCGAAGACUCCGAUAUAGCCGAGAAGGAAGAGACCGAGAUUAAAAACCAAGCCCCGUGUGAUCCAGAGAAAAGUGACGAAGAUGAAGUCCGCCGACGGCGUGGAAGUGGGGUGACGGUCCCCGAUCCCACAAUAAACGCCGGUGAUAAUAGUGGUCGAAGUCUGCCGGUCGACGCAGAACAAUCAGGACACGGCGUUGCGUGUGCACCUGACGGUGGACAGGCGCCACUCCGAGAAGGUGCUGUGGUUGUGUUAUUUAUGUCCAGAGGUAUAGAGUCAAUUAUCAUGAUGCUGGGUUUGCUCAAGGCCUCCCUCGUUGUCGCGCUCAUUCCUCCGCACCUGAAGGGUCACUCCCUCUUCCGGGCCCUUGCCGCAGCAAAACCAACUUGCAUUUUUGUCGACGACGAAAAUCUACCCACAUUGCGAGAGCUAUACGGACUGAAAGAUCACGAAGGAGAAUGUAAGACGCAUGAUGAUGCGGAGACUUCGGGAACUGUGGGUGCCAGGAAUAACAGCCGUGAGGACGGGCGCACUGGAAAAUCAAGUGGAGAUAUGGAGGCCAAAUCACUGUGGGAGAAAACAUUUUUGCCGGGUGGUCCGAGGUGGGAACGAGGAGUGGUAGAGCGACCUACGGGCAAACGAGAAAUCAAUGAGCAAGCGUUUCCCGUGUUUGUUUACGGCAAUGCAGCUCUGCCACACGAUUGUCCUCCAAAUACGCAGGAGCGGAACCUUCUCGAAGAAAUCCGAGAAGCCGCGUGUGUCUCUGUAGGGUACUAUAACUGGGAUUCAGAACCCGGGAAGCUCGAGACUAAUUUUCCGACAGACGAAAGGAUGCUUCGUCCAGAAGCGUCUGCAUCUGAGCAAUCCCUUGGCACGGCCAAGGGCAAAAUGCCUCCAGCCCGACGAAGGAGCGUGCGUGUGAAAGAACUUCUUCUUCCUCCUUGUUCUCCCUCUCUGGGCGUCGUCUUUAAUCUCCCCCGCCGAACGUGCUCAUCGUCUCCCCUUUGUUGGGCGUGUCUCGAGUCGGGCGACUGUACGUCCACUCGGCACGAAGACGCAAUUGGCACUUUGCUUGCCUCAGAAAGGCAGAAGAAACAGCAAGAAUCAUCCGUUGUAGAUGGAAAUGGACCCACGCGGCCCUCUGCCUGUGCCGUUUGUGGGCACCCUGGGCAAGCAACUAACCGCCACCUUCGCCCUGCACUUUACGUCUAUGUCACUGUUCCCCUUCCGCAAAACAGGAAGAGCGACAAGGACAGAGAAAGGCAGAAGGGGGAAGCGAAUCAGGGCGGUGAAAAGGGUGAACAUAAUCCUGGACGAGAAGAGGAGCGACGACUGGUACCUGUUAAACUGAGCGAUAAAACGGUUAUGAGUUUUGGUGUCACGUGGGCCAGACAUAUGGACCUGACGGAUAAAGAUAGAGUAUAUUGCCCUCUUGGUAUUCAAGAAGAAAGCGGAGGUCUAGCAAUUUUCGCAGCCGUUGUACAGGCCCGCGCGAGCAUCGUCCUUCCUCGUCAGUGCUCUCCUUCCGUCCCCGCUUUCUGGCAGGACAUCGACACUUUCCAGUGUACCUACACCGGAUACUGUCCGAGAAUGUUGACGAAUCUCUUUGGCGGCUUACCCGCAUUGAGAGAAAAAAACGGGGACAGCUCUGUAGAGAAGCGUUUGGCGUCGGAAUGUCGAAAUGCGCCCACCAUUCCUCCGAACCGCCGCCUCCGAGGGUGUGUAGGAUAUGGUAUGACAAGUUACAUCUGGUCACGUCUGACAAAGGAAGCCGGCAAGAAUUUGAAGACUUGUGUGGAGCAUUAUUACCGACCUCACUGGCCUAUUUCCUCUCCCCUUAUCAACUCUCUCGGGAAAAUGGGCCCCUGUGGGUUCAUUCCCAACACUGUCCAAGGAGAACGAGGAACAGCUAGGCUUGCUCGAUUCGACGAAGUGAAACAAGAAAUCGUCCGGGGUCCUCACACAGGCUUGUGCCUUGAUGCUGAAUUGCGGAGCAGUCUUGAUCAGCGGCGCGGCGAAGCGAUUGUGAACCUCGCAGACCGACAAGAUUGGUUAGGGUUCGUCAACGAUGACGUCACUCGUGCGAUGGUGUACAGAAAUGCUUUCCGCCACAACGAUGCGUGGUGCCGGUCGGGGGAUCUCAUGAGCGUCGACCGUCUGGGUUUCUUCUACUUUCUUGGACGCACUGGUGAGUCGGCAGUUCGAAGGAAAGGAAAGUGUUCUUGGUGUCAGUGGGAAUGUGACUGCUUGGGAUUAUGGGCGUGGGGGGUUGCAUAUCGUAAUUCACCCUCCACGGGAUUGCAAAAAGCAGUGGAGAUGGCGCGGGCGUGCGACGGCGCAAGCCUUCGCAGUAUUUGCGUCUCUACGUGUAGGUGUGUGAAUAUCUGCCUUGAGGGCCCCACUACCAUAACAGGUCCGCCUAUGCUCGUAUGGAUGUGGAACUCGUGUAUGCGUUUAGUAAGUACAGAGAACAGCAGUGACGCUUAUAUUCAUACCGACGCACGCAUACCAUUCAAAUGUAUGUAG